GCUGCCGGGCUUUAUAAGGGGGGGGCAAUGGCCCGGCCGCCGCAGUCGGAGCAUCCCCGGGUCCCAGCCGCGGAGUCUCCCCCGCGGGGGGAGGUGGAAGCGCCCCCCCCCCCCCCCCCGGGGGCUGUGGGUACGGAGGAGGAUGAAGAUGAGGAUGGCGGUGCCGGAGCUCCGGGAGCGGUUUGGGCGCAGGCAGGAGCCGCGGGGGGGUUGCGGCUGGGAGGCUCGGCCCGCAGGAGGUCCUGGAAUCGUGAGAACUUCCAAUGACUUGGCAAAUCGCUCUGAAUCACUGACGUUUGGCGGCCACCUCCACCCAUGCCUGUCCCUUGCCUGCUCCCUCGCCGGGUGUCAGUUCUCGAGCCUACGUGCUGAGAAGAGAAGUUAAAAAGAGAGAUGAACAGCCCGACUCUGGACUUCAUUACUGGGAGCCUGAAAUUGUUUCACGUGAACAAAAGGAUCGGCCGGGACGUUAAUCUCCUGCACCUGUUUAGCUUUGUUCCAACCCCGCUCUGCCCGCCUUGCGUCAGCAUGCUUGACGGCACAGGGAGGCACAACACUACUGAGUCCGAGGAGUCGUGGGACUUGUACAAAGCCCUCCGGAAGGCCUGGCCAGGAAACCUUCAAGUAGCAGCACUUUCCCUUCUAAGCAGUCUGCCUUCAAGACCCAGGAGAAAAUGCAGUGGGAGAGAUGAGCUACUCUUCUGGGGCGAGACUCCUUGGCCAACGCUGAGUGAAUCCUUGUGCAACAUCAGUAAUUAUCAUCAUUGUUAUAUUGGUCCCUGAAACUCAGAGUCCUGCUCUAGAUGGUUCUCCUGCUAAUAACUGGGAAAAAGCAAGGAGUAAGAAAAUUGGGUGGUGGUGAGCAAAGUGCUUGGUGCUCCUUCUGGGACGUUCUCCUGUUGGUUGGAAAUGCAUCGAACUUGUCGGGUAGGAAGCAACCUGGUUACUUCGGAUGCUCUGGCAGCCUGCAGCUCCAUCCCAGCCCCGUUGGACUCUCUUGGGCAGGUGUUUCGGCUGUGCUGGGUUGUGCUCAGCACUCACACCAAUGAAACGUGAGAUAAUUUGGGGGCCCACCACCAUACAGCAGUUGCUGCGGGUGUUGAUGCCGUAUAUUUGCCCUAAAUCUAGGAACAGACUUGAGGUCUUGCUUGCUUAGCGUGUAUGGUUUUAUGGCCAGCAUCUUGAAAGCCCGUGAUGCUCAGAGAUGAGCUAGUCCCUGCCCUGAUGCCCACCUUGGAUAUUGCCAGCAGAAAGGAGCUGGGAAGGGGUGGAAGAGGCAGCUGGUAGCCAUCUGCUCCUGGCUGUUUGCAGCUCUCAGGCUGCACUGGGAGGCUCGCUCUCAUCUUCAUCUUCAUCUUCUUCCUCACCUCCCUGCAGGGGCAGGUUCUUCUUCCACGGGAGCCACGGCUCUGGCCAUUCCCUCUUCCUCUACAGGGCUGCCGCCUCCUCUGUCUGAUGAAUUCAGCCGAGGCUCUGGCUCCAGCUCAGAGUUUGUAGCUUUUGUCCUUGCGAUUCCCCCAGAUCUCAGCAGGAGCUGAUUUGGCAUCGAAUGAAAGAGUUUGGGCUUUGAGCUCCUCUCACAGGAGCUUGAGCAGGCUGAAGUUUUGGGGAUGGAUGGGCAGAGCGAGUGCACACCAAAAGCACUAGGGCUGGUCAACAAAUGGUUGUGACGUUCAUGUGCGUUGGAGGCAGCACAAAGUCCUAUGACAAGCGAUAAAACCCCGCGGAGUUGUCCUGGUCCUGGCUGUGCCGGCCGGGUGGAGGAAGUGCUGACGCUCCUGCUCUCCUCAGGCUUUCGGGAGAUCCUUUUAAUGCAACGGCGCUUUGGCUUUUAAAAGUGGUGGCUGUCCGCCAGCCCGAUUUAUUUUAAACAUGUGUUUCUGAUUUGAAAAUGUCCAGAUCUUGAAAUCUUUAAUCUUCUCACACCUAGGGAUUUUUUUGUUUUGUUUUGUUUUUGCAAAAAGCUGAACCACGUGCACAGGAUGAUGGUUAAAAAGCAACACAGACUGCUUAAAAAAAAAAAAAAAAAAGAAAGAGAAACAGUAAAAAAAAAUUAAAAUAAAAGAUCCAGCUGGCAUUCUUCUAUUAUCAAAGCAAGACUCAGCAUGGAGAUUCACAUAUGCCAACAAACAGGGCUUUCGUUUGUCUCACUGUGGUAAUUGCUGAAUCCUGAUGAAACUCCCUGAACUUUGAGCUGAAAAAGGUCCUGAGAUCCCUCCGAGAAGACAAAAAAGACAGAGUAUUUGUCAGGCUGAAGCAGGUUGUCUUCCCAAAUGCUUAAACUCAACACUGUUUUCUGGCAUAGAGCUAGAAGAAUUGGGUCCCACCGCUGGGCGGGGUGGGCAGCCCAUCCUCCUGGCCCCGAGACGGGGAUGGUUGCUCCGUCUCCUCUGGGACGGGAAGGGCUCAGGAAUGAAGCACCAGGAGGACUUCAAAGGAGGCUCCUCCUUCCUCCCCUCCCGGUGCAGAGGAGCAGCUCGGGAUGAGCCCCGCUCUGCGCCCGGGGAGUCCCCAGGACGUUCAGCAUUAGCACCGGGUGACGGAAAUCGAAGCUGACAGAUUUAAAAUGUGCAAGGGGAAAAACUUUUUUACAGCAACCUGCAAUUAACGUUCGGCUCGAAGGGGCUAUGUACACAAACAGGCCAGCGUCUAACCAUAGACACUUGCUGCAGAGGGAUGUUUUUUCCAGGCGUGUGGCUUAUUUAAGAUAUAAACAAGUGAUUAAACUUUUAGCUCUGCAGAAAUGCUCAUCACUUGCCAAACUGUUGUGGGAGUGCUACCGCUGGCUUCAGCGGGACCAGAGGUAGCAACGUGAGUUGAGCGAGUGCCUUUGCAGCUCCCUCGGGCUGGAUUUUCGUGCCUGGCCGUGCGCUGCUCCUGACGCUGCUGGAGCCUCCGGUGCAAAGGUCUGGGCAGAGCAGAGGUUAAUGCAAAGCAUGUCUGAUAGAUGGUGUCAGCCGCCUUCUGCUCACCGCGCCACCACCCAGAAGCAUCCCCUGGGGCAGGCACUGCUGAUGGUCCGUGCAGAGAGAUGUGGAGAGAAGACAAGCACGAGGUGCUGAUGUACCUUUGGUGGUGCAAUUGUGCAGCCCGUGUUAACGCAGCAUCUUCCCAUAUACUUCCCAGGGAUGGUGUGGCAGCAGAACUGGGGGUGAGAGGAUGUCCCCAGUCCCCCCAUCAUAUGUGGGUGGGUUGGGGCUGGUCCCCUGCCUGCAUAUGGGAGUGCACCUCGGCCUCCCUCCCAUCUCCCUGCUGCUCUCCUCGGAGCAGAGGGGCUCCAAAUGCAUCCCCCGUGCGCUAAGAGUUAAGGGGUCUGCGCGGCCCUGAAGAUAAGAAACAGAUGAUAAAGGUUAGGGUAGGGAUCGCGUUUCCAUUACGCAGCCUGUAAAUGCAAACUAAUUAGAAUGCAGCCUUGUUUCUGAGAAAAUGUAAAGAAAG